GCCCUGGAUGACUCGACGUGCUGCUGGCUGUCAAAUGAUUUGAAAACAACAACGUCACUUUGAAAAUAUUUAUGUGUUUGCGCUUUAUAGUAUUAAUAACAUCUUUUGAAUAAGUAUCUUUUUGCCGAUAAGUUGUUUAUCUCUUUGCCACGAACUGUCAUUUUCAUCAGAAGAACAUGAAUAGCCGAUGACGCCGCUGUCGACGUGAACUGAAAGGGGAAGUGAAACUUAUCAAGGCAGCUCGUUUGGACUUAAUAGAGCGAAGAUAAAACAGAAAGCAGAGUUUAAAGUUGCGUAAAAGUGAAGGACUCUGCUACAUCUCCUGACUUCAGCAACAUGUCAACAGACCACCUGUUCUUCAUCCUGACAGAAUUACCUGAACGGCCUCAACACAUCAAUCCUGGCCGCAUAUGUUACAUCCGUGAAUUCAAAUACACGUCAGAAAUCAAUAAAUCUGGCCCUCUCGCAAAGUUAACAGUCAUGUUCUUGGGCUCACGGUCAACUUUAGAUUAUAAAAUAGACAUGAGUUGCCUGACGGAACUGAGUGCAGAGGAAGCCGACCUGCUGCAGGCCCUGCCCGAGGACUGUGACAGGCUGAAGUGGUUCAAAGAGAAAGAUGCUCUCCAAGCAGCUCAGGCACUCACGGAAGGUACUGAAGUGACUGUGGAGGAAAAAGGAGAGAAGCUGAGAGGAAUCAUCCGCUACAUUGGAAAGCUGGACACCAACUAUCCUGACCCCAUAUCAGGGAUGUUCUUUGGAAUUGAACUGCAGGGAGAAGACAUAGGGAAGGGGAAUACAGACGGGUUCUACAAGUAUGAAAAACUCUUCAAAUGUCAGAAAAACGGUGGCAUUUUUGCCCCGUUCUCCAGAGUCCGGCCUGUGGUUCCCACCCCAGCGUCACCUUCCUCACAGCCAACAACAGAAGAGCUAGCCACAGGAGACAGAGUCACUUACUUCAUCAACAAUUACUGUCGCCAUGGGAUGGUGGUGGAUGUGCAGGAAAAAGACGGAGAACAAUUUGUCCGGAUCUCCACAGACACAGAUGAGAAUGGGAAGACAGGAGGCGAAGUUGAAGUUCCACUAAAGCUUGUUGCUAAGGGGGAGGUGCCCGCAGAGGCAGAGAUCAUGGACGUCGACACAUCCCCGGUGGAACCGAUCCCUGACGAUCUGUACAUGAAUCUGAGUAUGAACUCUGUGGUGGAGUUGACUUUGGGCUCAGGCAAUUCAUACGGAAUCAUCCGCUGGAUCGGCACGCUGCCCGGUCGGCAGGAAAUCAUGGCUGGACUAGAGCUUGAGGAUGACAAGGGAGUGAGUGAUGGUACCUUCAAAAAUGAGCGUUUCUUCACAUGUCCCACUAAGAGAGCUCUGUUUGUGAAGCUGAGCUCCUGCCGUCCCGACUCACGGUUUCAGAAUUUAUCAACCGAUCACAGCGGGACGAUGCCAAAACAUGAAGAUGCAGAGAUAGAAACAGGACACAGUACAGGGAAGCUGGACACCGUUCCUCCUGUCAGCACAGAGCAGAUUAACCAGGUUCUGAUUGGACGGAUGAAGGGGAUCCAAGGACACUGUAACUCCUGCUACAUGGACGCUGCGCUAUUCAGUUUGUUUUCCUGCUCCUCCGUGCUGGACUCCAUGCUGUUUAAAUCAACAGAACCUCAAGAUGCCCCAAUCCAGUACACACUGCUCCACGACAUUGUCAACCCCCUCCGCAGUAAGGGCUUUGUGGAAGGGCAGCACAUCAUGAAGCUCCGACAGCAGCUGCAGAAACACGGUUACAGUCACUCCUUCACCACGGAUGAGAAGGAUCCAGAGGAGUUUCUCAUUGUCAUCAUGCACCACAUUCUCGCACUGGAUCCUCUACUCAAACUCUCAGCUGGCGGUAAAGUACAGGAGAGUUACUGCUAUCAGAUCUUCCUGGACCAGAACCACAGCCUGGUGCUGCCUACGGUCCAGCAGCUGCUGGAACAUUCCUUCCACAGUGCAGGACUCAAGCUGGCAGAGGUGCCCUCCUGCCUCAUGCUCCAGAUGCCUCGCUUCGGGAAGAAAUUCAAGAUGUUUGACAAAAUCAUUCCCUCUCUGGAGCUGGACAUAACGGAUCUCCUGUCCGAAGGUCCUCAGCAGUGCAUGCUCUGUGGAAACUUGGCCCAGGAAGAGUGCACCGACUGUUUUAAAGAUCCUGCUUUCAGCCAGACAGGAUUCAAAAUCUUCUGCAAGACGUGCUCCGCUCAGGUGCACUCUCAUCCUCAGCGGCGCUCCCAUCAGACAGCUCCUCUGGACAUCCCCAAAGGUUACCUGGGACGCGGCAUACCUCACACUCUGACCAGAGACAAACUGGAGCUGUUCGCUGUGCUCUGCAUCGAGACGAGUCACUACGUGUCUUUCAUCAAAUACGGACCAAACAGCCAAGACUGGAUCUUCUUUGACAGCAUGGCGGACAGACAAGGUGAGAGAGACGGCUUCAACAUCCCGGAGGUGCACGCCUGCCCUGAGGUCGGCAUGUACCUUGAAAUGUCUCCCGCAGAGCUGGCCAAUCAGGUGCCCCGGGACAUGAAAGGCGUGGCUAAGCGUCUCUUCUGUGAUGCUUACAUGUACCUGUACCAGAGCACCAGCAUGUGCCUCUAUCGCUGAGCGGAAACCUCAACGCUUUAAAAAAAAAGAAACGACUUCUCAGUCAUUGCACAAUUUGUCACUGAGAGAAAAAUAUUGUUGCCUUCACUUUUCAUGUAAUUUCCUUUUGCUUGAUAGGUUUGUUAUUCUUUUAUGAAUGUAUGUAAGUACACACGAGAACGUUUAAAAUGUGUAUAUAUAUAUAUAUAUAUAUAAAUAUAUAUAAUUUUCUGCCCUGGUGUUGGGAAAGUAUUUUCAGGCUUGAAUAAUUGAUGACAAUGUUGUCGUGUUUCUGUAAUACUGUAUGAAGAAAAAGUAAAAAACUGACAUUAAUUGCUCAAUAAUUUUGAAUAAUAAUCUGAAGAGACUGACAAUAACUGACUUACAGUAUAUGAUGGCGAUAAAUAAUGAUAAAGAUAAUAAUA